GCAACUGUGACGGCUGGGGGCGCCCGGUACGCACAACAAACACAUAGCGGUGCUUCCCACCCGUUAGACGUGAGAGCAGGUAGCGUCCGCACACGGGAUGUGGACCUACAUGCAAGCUUUCUCGACGACCGCGCCCAGGUCUCUUGGAGUGCUUUUUGCGCCCAGCGGCAAUUGAAAUCUCACGCUGGUGCUGUGCGCGCAGCUGGGCACACGUCAUGCGACGGUACUCUCGUGGCUGUAGCAUCAUCGACAGACUAUCCGCUCUCCACGAUUCCGUGCGCGACUUCACUAUAG